AUGAUGACUACUAUAUCGAAACGUCAUCCAUCAAAUUCAACAAGUGAAGAUGAUGAUGAUGAUGAUGGAAUUGAAUGCCCAUUAAGUGGUGCAGAAGCACUAGCAGUAUGUAAAGAAUUUGCUUCAAUGACAGAUACUAAUACAGGUUUAGCGAUGAUGAUGUUACAAAAGAAUGAAUGGAAUUUACAACGUGCUGUCAAUGCUUAUCACGAUUCAAUGCAAGGGAAGUCAAAAGCAUCACAGAAACAAACGAAAUCUAAAACUGAAAAACCAAUACUCACAUCAGAUGUUAAACGAGUGAAAAUUGAACCAUCAACUAUAACAUUAGCACCCAUAGAUAAUAAAACAAAUGCUAAAACACGUUUUAAAGUACUUUCAUGGAAUAUUGAUGGACUUGAUGAACAAGAAAAUACUAUCGAUGUACGAACACGAGGAGUUAUUGAUGUUAUUAAACGUGAAGAACCUGAUGCUGUAUUUCUUCAAGAAGUUAUUCCAAUAGCUUUUGAUUUAAUUCGAAAUCUUUUACCUGAUUAUGAUUCAUAUGCUGGAAAUACUGAAGGUUAUUUCGUAGUUAUUCUAACUCGUCGUGAAUUAUUUAAAGUACAAAAUUUUGAAAUCAUUACAUAUCCAGGAACAAAUAUGGGAAGAAAUCUACUUAUUGUUCAUACAAUGUAUAAAAAUUCAAUUGAAAUUGAUUUAAUGACAUCACACCAUGAAAGUGGUACAGAAGAAAUAGCAAGUAAAGAACGUAUGGAACAAUUAAAAUUAUGUUUUAAACAUAUGACGGAUGCACCAUCAAAUCGAAUUGUUUUAUUUGGUGGUGAUUUAAAUAUACGCGAAAAAGAACUUCAAAAAGUAGGCAAUGUUCCAUCAGGUAUUGUUGAUCUUUGGAUUGCUACAGGCAAACGUAAAGAAUGUGCUUAUACAUGGGAUAUGAAUCGAAAUACGAAUAUUUAUUAUCCAUCUACUGAAUAUCGACCACGAGCUCGAUUUGAUCGUCUUUAUUAUCGUCCAUCAACACAAACUACAAUUCAAUUUCAACCAGUGUAUUUUGAAUUAGAAGGUCUAGAAAAAUUAGCAUCGAUUAAACGUUAUUGUUCGGAUCAUUGGGCUAUUCAAGCAUAUUUUGAUAUAUAA